AAAUAAUCCAAAUUAACUAACUAAGGUUCCAUUUAUUUCUGGAAGGGUUUAGAAUUUUCUCUUUUUGGUCAAUAUAUUGAAGUAUUCAUAUUUGUCUGUUCACUUUUAUUGAGGCAGUGUGUUGAAGUUAGGGAUGAAGUCAGUGCGAUAAAUUCUGUGCGUAUAGCAAACAUUUUAUUAUAUGAACUGGCUUUUUUUUUUUUUUGGAUGUAUGAUUUUUUUUUUUUUAAAUAUGUUAAAUUAAUACUGAAUAAAUAAAAAUUAACGAAUUGAAUAUUUAUUAUUUAUUAUAGAAAUUAAUUAAAUAUAGUAUGGGGACAAUGAGAGGUAGCUGGUUGAUUGGCAGGUAUAUAAUAAUAGUACGGGAAUGCUACUCCUUGUUUAAUUUGAUGAGAAAAGAGAAACAGCGGGGUUGAUUUUGGAGGGGGCGCAAGUUAGCAACGAUGAGUUUGCUAUCUCAUUCAUCUACCUUCCUCCUUCCAAAUCUUCCCACCGACAAUAACAACAACAACAACGACGGACCUCCUCUAACGUACGCCCUUAUUAUCCUUAACCAACGCCUCCCUCGAUUUACUCCUCUGCUUUGGAAGCACGCACAGGUUCAUAUUUGCGCUGAUGGUGGAGCUAAUAGGGUGUUUGAUGAAUUGCCCGGCUUGUUUCCUAAUGAGGAGCCUUGUGAUAUUCGUAAAAGGUACAAGCCACAUGCUAUAAAAGGAGAUAUGGAUUCAAUCCGAACUGAAGUUCUUGACUAUUAUAAAAGCCUGGGGACCAAGAUAAUUGAUGAAUCUCAGGAUCAAGAUACUACAGAUCUUCAUAAAUGUGUUGCAUGUAUUCGUGACUUACUAAGCCUGGAACAUCCGAAUUUGUGUAUUCUAGUCACUGGAGCACUUGGUGGAAGGUUUGACCAUGAGAUGGGAAAUAUUAAUGUCUUAUGCCGUUUCCCAUCUAUGCGGAUUAUCCUUCUCUCUGAUGAUUGUCUAAUCCAACUUCUUCCAAGUACUCAUCAUCACAAGAUUCAUAUACAUUCCUCAGUUGAGGGCCCACAUUGCGGACUCAUACCCAUUGGAAUGGUUGCGGGAAGUACAACUACUACGGGUCUCAAAUGGAAUCUGGAUAAUACAGAAAUGAGAUUUGGUGGCUUAGUCAGUACAUCAAAUAUAGUAAAAGAAAACAUAGUAACUGUGCAAUCUGAUUCUGACCUCCUAUGGACAAUUUCAAUCAAAAAAGAAUGAAGGAUGCAGUUGCAGCUGGCAGAUGUCAAAGAUGAACGUUUUAUAAAAGCUUGCUAGAUGAAUAGUGGACGCUGACCUCCAUUUGUUCAAUUCUGUCAGAUUAAAAUGUUUACCAUAGUUUGAGAAAUGUGGGAGUGGUUCUUUACUUUUUGUGAAGACACUCUCUCCAUUCCUGUUGUGUGCAGCAGAUUUCUUUGGCAUCAAGUGCCUGGUUGCAGUAGAGUCUUGGGGAAACAAACAACACUGUGUCUAAGAGUAAAGUACUCGUAGCAGAUUAAUUUUGAUUGUAAACUACUGCUCAUGUGCUUGAUUCCUUAAGACACAUUUGCAGCUGUUAUCUGAUGUUUUGUACUACACAAUUCUUUUGCAACAACAAAAUGAAAUAUGAAGGAGAUCUUGUUAUUACUA